AUGGUGAAUCAAUCUCAUGUGAUUAAUUUUAUCAAGAAGCACGUAGUGCAUAGGUUUGGCUUGCCCCAAACAAUUACUGUCAAUCAAGGGACAAUGUUUAAUGGUAAUGAAGUGAUGGAGUUUGCCAAAGAGUUUGUCAUUCAAAUGUUGAACUCAUCUCCUUAUUAUGUCCAAGCGAAUGGGCAAGCAGAGUCAUCAAACAAAACAAUCAAAGUGACACUAAGUAAAGUGAUAGAGGACAAACCAAGGGAUUGGCAUGAGCUAUUAUCUAAGGUUUUGUGGGCCUCUGAGAAUUCAAAGAGGGAUUGCAUUCAAGCAUCUCCUGAUGAGUUAGUUUAUGGUCAAGCAUUAUGA